AUGUCAACAACAUAUCAAGAAGCCUGGGGACUCUUCCACGCAGAACAGGACCCUAAACCCCAGGCCACCAGCCAGCGCUUGACGUCAUUCUCCCUUCACAACAGCGUCGACGAUAUAUCACAGUCCUCUUCACCGGGGUACCUGGUGCCAUCUAUAAAUUAUCUUGAUCCUAGAGAUGUAGAGGCAUCACCACAGGCGUCCAGCUUGGACAUGGUGAAGGAGUUACAGAAACUGCGGCAGGAUCUCCAUCAGCUACAGUUCCCCAGCUCUGGAUCUGAACAUAACGAAGCAUCCCAUGUCCGGUCAAGCGCUGGCAGCUUGAGCAACCCUUCACCCAACGGAGGGGCCCGUACACCUGGCGAUGCUCCCCAGCAGCGACCAGCGCAGGCUAGCAACGGCCGGUUCCAGUGCUGGGACUCGUGCUGUAACGGACGUCAGUUUUCGAAUAAGAGUAACUUCAUACGGCACCAGCGAGAGCGUCGUGGAGAGUCUUACAAGUUACGAUGCUCAUUUUGUGAUGCUGUGUUUUCCCGAAGUUCCGCAAGGAACGCCCAUGAAGCGUCGCGGAGAUGUAGGAAGCAGUGA